GUCCCAGUGUUCCAUUGCCCUCAUCAACGUCAAGGAUUUUUCUCGACGGUGCCGAAUCGUUCAUCGUUCCUGUGCGACCCUCCACUCUGUCCCGUCAGAUUGUUUGCCAGACCCUCGUCUCCCGAGACACCGAGGCUCACACACUCUCUCGCACUCUUCCAUGAGUCACUUUGGAUUAUUUCCAUUCCCUUUCAGCAAAUGCCGCCGCCCCAUCGGGCUGCUAUCGCCAAUGAGACGCAUUACCAAACUUCGUUUCGGCGGCUUUGGACCAACCACGGGCUCAGCAUCUCCAUAGAGAUGUGGUGGGCCCGAUAUUUCUGUAAAUUCCGGGGUGUAUUAUCCGCAUCGCUCAAUCGUCUGCUGGAAGUUGGAACCGAACGCCGUUCGUCGUCAGUCGUCGAUGGCCAGGAAUAG